AUGCAUGGUGACAACGAUAUCACCGACACUGAUGACAACGAUAUCACCGACGACGAUGACAACGAUAUUACCGACAGUGAUGACAACUUUAUCACCGACGACGAUGACAACGAUAUUACCGACAGUGAUGACAACUUUAUCACCGACGACGAUGACAACGAUAUCACCGACAGUAAUGACAACUUUAUCACCGACGACGAUGUCAACGAUAUCACCGAAACUGAUAACAACUUAAUCACCGACGACGAUGACAACGAUAUCACCGACAGUAAUGACAACUUUAUCACCGACGACGAUGUCAACGAUAUCACCGACACUGAUAACAACUUAAUCACCGACGACGAUGACAACGAUAUCACCGACAGUAAUGACAACUUUAUCACCGACGACGAUGACAACGAUAUCACCGACAGUGAUGACAACGAUAUCACCGACACUGAUGACAACGAUAUUACCGACGUCUAUGACAACGAUACCACCGAAGCCGUAGACAACGAUACCACAGACACUGAUGACAACUUUAUCACCGACGACGAUGACAACGAUACCACCGACGCUGGUGACAACGAUACCACCGACGCUGGUGACAACGAUACCACCUACGCCGAUGACAACAAUACCACUGACACUGAUGACAACUUUAUCACCGACGACGAUGACAACGAUACCACCGACGCUGAUGACAACGAUACCACCGACGCUGGUGACAACGAUACCACCGACGUAGAUGACAACAAUACCACUGACGCCGACGACAAUGAUACAUUCGACGCUGAUGACAACAAAACCACCGACGCCGACUACAACUCGACGCUGAUGGCAACGAUAUCAUCGACGCCGGUGACAACGAUACCACCGACGCCGACAACAACGAUAUCACCGACGCUGGUGACAACAAUACCACCGACACUGAUGACAACGAUACCACCGACACUGAUGAUAAAGAUACCACCGACGACGAUGACAAUGAUACACUCGACGCUGAUGACAAGGAUAUCACCGACACUGAUGACAACUUUAUCACCGACGACGAUGACAACGAUAUCACCGACAGUGAUGACAACGAUAACACCGACACUGAUGACAAAGAUACCACCGACGCCGAUGACAACGAUACCACCGACGCCGACGACAAUGAUACACUCGACGCUGGUGACAACGAUACCACCGACACUGAUGACAACGAUACCACCGACACUGAUUACAAAGAUACCACCGACGCUGAUGACAACGAUACCACCGACGCCGACGACAAUGAUACACUCGACGAUGAUGACAACGAUACCACCGACACUGAUGACAAAAAAACCAACCACACUGAUGAAAACGAUACCACCGACACUGAUGACAAAGACAUCACCGACGCUGUCGACAACGAUACCACCGACACUGAUGACAAAUAUACCACCGACGCCGAUGACAAUGAUACCACCGACGAUGAUGACAACGAUACCACAGAUGCCGACGACAACGAUACCACCGACACUGAUGACAAAGAUACCACCGAUAACAACGAUACCACCGACACUGAUGACAACAAUACCACCUAAACUGAUGACAAAAAUACCACUGACGCUGACGACAACGAUACUAACGACGCCGAUGACAAAGAUACCACCGACGCUGACGACUACGAUACCACCGACGCCGAUGACAAAGAUACCACCGACACUGAUGACAAAGAUACCACCGACUCCGAUGACAAAGAUACCACCGACACUGAUGACAAAGAUACCACCGACUCCGACGACAAAGAGACCACCGACACUGAUGACAAAGAUACCACCGACUCCGACGACAAAGAUACCACCGACACUGAUGACAAAGAUACCACCGACUCCGACGACAAAGAUACCACCGAUGCUGACUGGUGACAACGAUAUCACCGACGACGAUGACAACGAUAUUACCGACAGUGAUGACAACUUUAUCACCGACGACGAUGACAACGAUAUUACCGACAGUGAUGACAACUUUAUCACCGACGACGAUGACAACGAUAUUACCGACAGUGAUGACAACUUUAUCACCGACGACGAUGACAACGAUAUCACCGACAGUAAUGACAACUUUAUCACCGACGACGAUGUCAACGAUAUCACCGACACUGAUGACAACUUUAUCACCGACGACGAUGACAACGAUAUCACCGACAGUAAUGACAACUUUAUCACCGACGACGAUGACAACGAUAUCACCGACAGUGAUGACAACGAUAUCACCGACACUGAUGACAACGAUAUCACCGACGCCGAUGACAACGAGACCACCGAAGCCGUAGACAACGAUACCACAGACACUGAUGACAACUUAAUCACCGACGACGAUGACAGCGAUAUCACCGACGCUGGUGACAACGAUACCACCGACGCUGUUGACAACGAUACCACCGACGCCGAUGACAACAAUACCACUGACGCCGACGACAAUGAUACACUCGACGCUGAUGACAACGAAACCACCGACGCCGACUACAACUCGACGCUGAUGGCAACGAUAUCAUCGACAGCGGUGACAACGAUACCACCGACGCCGACAACAACGAUAUCACCGACGCUGGUGACAACGAUACCACCGACACUGAUGACAACGAUACCACCGACGCCGACGACAAUGAUACACUCGACGUUGAUGACAACGAUACCACCGACACUGAUGACAAAGACACCACCGACGCUGAUGACAACGAUACCACCGACACUGAUGACAAAGACACCACCGACGCUGUCGACAACGAUACCACCGACACUGAUGACAACGAUACCACCGUCGACGAAGACAAUGAUACACUCGACGUUGAUCACAACGAUACUACCGACACUGAUGACAAAGAUACCACAGACGCCGAUGACAACGAUACCACCGACGAUGAUGACAACGAUACCACAGACGCCGACGACAAUGAUACACUCGACGUUGAUGACAACGAUACCACCGACGAUGAUGACAACGAUACCACAAACGCCGACGACAACGAUACCACCGACACUGAUGACAAAGAUACCACCGAUGACAACGAUACCACCGACACUGAUGACAACGAUACCACCUAAACUGAUGACAAAAAUACCACUGACGCUGACGACAACGAUACUACCGACGCCGAUGACAAAAAUACCACCGACGCUGAUAACAACGAUAUUACCGACGCCGACGACAACGAUACCAUCGACGCUGACGACAAAGAUACCACCGACGCCGAUGACAAAGAUACCACCGACACUGAUGACAAAGAUACCACCGACUCCGACGACAAAGAUACCACCGAUGCUGACGUCAGGGAAAUAA